GUCUCUCCCUCUUUCACUUUCUUUCAGUACCACACAAUAAGUGACCCAGAGAGCGUCUGUGGAUGAAAUGGUUACAGCUUUCCUCAAUGAAAGGCAAGCCACUACUGAGGAGAUGGCUUUAGUAAGCAAUGCACUGGCUGCUUACUCCUUCAUAGCAGAUCACCCGGAACGGGCGGCACUGUAUUUUGUGUGUGGAGUGUGUUUGGGACUGGUUCUCACUCUCAUCGCGUUAGUGGUGCAGAUCUCCUGUCGAACCGACUGCAAAACGCAACAAGCGCCCAAGAAAACAGGCAAGACUGCGGAGAGCACCAGCGACACGAGCGACAGCGACUCGGACUGGGACAAUAACUCCGACCUGUCGGCACGCCGCCACCGGCGCUUUGAACGGACGCUCGGUAACGUGUUCACCUCCGCGGAGGAGCUGGAGCGCGCGCAGCGAUUAGAGGAACGCGAGCGGAUUAUCCGGGAGAUCUGGAUGAACGGACAGCCGGACAUGCCGGCCACGCGCAGCCUCAACCGCUACUAUUAAAGUCUCUGAAGCAACGAGACGGCAACGAGGGUUGAGGAAAUAAUUAUACAGUAACUUAGCUAUUAAACAUUUUUGGGAUAAUGAUGGCUUUUGGGAAACGCCAUCAUGCUUAAAAUACGUUUUGGGACAUCUAUUCUGGUGGCACUGGCACUAAGUUACUAGUGAAGCAUUUGUCUAUUUGAAUGUGCACUCAGUACAUUUUUUGUUUAUGUUGCGCUGAUAGUCGUUUUGUACUUAUACUGAUGACACCUAUACUGACACCUGGUGGCAUAGAUGAAAAAGCAACGUUUAUGUUUAGUUAGGGGUAAAUGUAUGUAAAUUGAGACGCUUUUUGCCAUUGCAAUGUCCUAAUUAACUGAUAACACAGUAGAAAUGCUUUAUUCGACGUGAUUAAUUUAUUCCACGAGUGAGUAAGCAACUUCAACAAAUUUACACUUGAUCUUGCUCCAUGUAAAAUAAAUCAGUUCUUAUUAAGUGACUUAUUUAACGGUUGACUUCAUGAUUUUAAAUAUGUUUUAAACUGCUAUUCAUUUCUUUGUGUAGAACAUCAAUGAGGGAAAAUUACUGAGUUGCACCUUUAAUGUAACUUGUUUUAAUGAAGAAUUCACCUUGACAUGUAAAACAGGUGGAGAAAAAAUUAUAUG